AUGAAUAGGAAUUAUGUAAACCAGGUAAGAAGUAAUUUUAACGCUUUUUCGGCGAUGUAAUGGACAUCUUUAGCUGCGUGGCAACUGCGUGGCUACGUCUCUUUGUCUACAUUUCGUUUUUUCGUUUCGAAUUUCACCACCCAGCCAUGUCUUUUUAUCUUUUAGGUUUCGAAGAACAAAGCAUCAUCUUAAUUAAACCUUGCAGUAACCAUUGCUGUAACAAGAAUCAAUGUGCCAAUGGGGGCACCUGCACUGAGUUAUGUAAAGACGCUAAAAACAAAUUCAACUGCACAUGCGCAAUAGGAUAUUACGGCCGAUAUUGUCAAAAACGAAAAGUCGCAUCCUGCAAAGAGUAACUGCAAAGAAACGAAGGAAGCCAGUCUGGAGUCUACCAACUUUUUGACCAAACAACUAAGGCCUUGUACGAGGUCUACUGCGAUUUUAACUCUAGUGAUGGAUCUGCUUGGACACUCAUCGAGUCAUUCAGCUUGGCAAAUAAGGGAGAUUUUGCAAACAAGGAUUUUCAGGAAGACUACCCCAUAAACCAAAACGCUUUUGUGUGGGAUAAUUUUCGUUUAUCAUUAUCCAGGAUCACAACUACUGCUUUGCUUUCCACACACAUGAGGGCGACCUGCAACUUUGGCAUGCAUGGACCUAACUUCACUGAUUACUUGAAAGCAGCAUUGAGCGAAAUAAAUCGCAUCACUAGCUUGUCCUUCGAUAAGUGUCACCGAUAUGAAUACAUCAACAUCAGAGGUUAUAGCUGUAGUAAUUGCACAGCCAACUUUUAUCAGUCAAGAAGUUUUCAUUCUCACGUCGAUUCGUACUUUGGAACGUACAUCGACCAUUGUGAGCUUAAAACGCCAGGUGUUGUGGGUUCUUCAACCCGUGAAGAUAACUUGGGAAAUUUCAAAACAUUUAAUCCUAUACAUAGGUGUUCGUCUCCUGACGACUCUACCACCCAGUGGUGGCUUGGGGUACAAUAA